GUUUAUUCCUAGGAUCCUGUAUACCUCUAUUGUCGCAAUUGCUGCCGGAACGCGUGAGGAUCGCAGUUUCUGUCCUUCUUCUCUCACCUAUCUCUUAACACAACACAAACUACCGCACCCACACCGCAACCAUGGCCAACCCCACCGGCUUCGACAUCAGCGAAUUCAAGCGCGCCGCCUCCCCCCGCUCCGUCUACGCCAAAAGAGACCCCUGGGCUCGCAACGAAAUCUGGAGAUACACCGGCCCGUUCAGCCGAUUCAACCGCUUCAAGGGGCUUUUCCCGGGAUUUGGGAUUGCGAGCGUUGCGUUUGCGGGAUACUGUGCUUAUGAGCAUUUCUUUUUGAAGGAUGAGCAUCAUCAUGGGGAGGGCCACCACUAGAUGCAGCACCGAAAAGUUGAGGUGUAGAACGGAAUACAAAACAAACCGGAACCGGAUGGGCUAGAUUAGAUUGACCGACAUGUGGAGGAGAUUAAUACCCUAGAUUGAAUGAUAAUCUCUCGUGGACUCAGCCCGGGAUGGUGUGGACUGCACAUCUUGUCUGGACUCCAGGGUAGAGAGGCUUAUCCGCUACAGACGGCGCUUGGGUGAUUGAUUUGUCGGGUGUAUAUAGUGUAUUAUGUUUGCAUGAA